AUGGGUGUCAAGUGUGGUAAACAAAAGUAUAUAGACGACGAUGAAAAUAUGCUGGAUAUACCGCUCAAACAAAAUACCCCAUUAAAGUCCAAAAAAUCUUUGGUCGGAAAAUGUCGGGAUUGUCGUAAACCGAAUACUGAUAAGUAUCAAAAAGCCGGCUGGUUUAAGAGUAUUGAUAAUUCGGCAAACAUGGCUGGGGAAUUUUUUCAUGAGAUACGCACAUAUCUCCAAAGCGGUGCAGAGAACAGAUCAAUGGUACGCAUCUAUGGAAUCACUCAAGAUCCACAAACACAAGACUACAUGAUAGUUAGUGAAUAUGCAAACCAUGGAAAUUUACGCAGCUUCCUUGUUCAAAACCAUCGAGCGCUGAAUUGGGAAAGAAGAUUACGUAUAUUGCUCAAGAUUGCUAUGGCACUUCAGGAUCUUCAUCAAGCUGGAUUUGUCCAUAAAGAUUUUCACAGCGGCAAUAUAUUGCAGAUCGAUGAAUACAUUAAGAUCAGUGACUUUGGUUUGUGUCAGAUUCCAAAUGGGGAUGCGAGGAAAAUUCAAAAAUCACCAGGAUCCAAAGGUCACAGGCAGACAGUUGAUCCGGCGGUUUUGAAAAUUCAUCCCGAAGCACAUUAUACUAGUCGACCGUUUAAUUACAUUGAUUUGAAACAAUCAAAUUUCGUUAAUCGAACUCGUCACGAUUCUGCAUUUGGGAGCGCCACGCGACUCUUGUCAACGAACAAUUCUAAUAAAGAUGGCAGAUAUCAUAUGGCUAAUCAACGCGAAGACGAAUCAAACUACGUUCCACUUCCUCAAGUUGAUCUUGAGAAAUUGAGAACUCCGUCAAUGGCAAUCUCAGGUCCUAUAUACACGGAGUUAUUGCGUAAACAUUAUCGAUCAGAUAAGAUAUUCUAUGACGAAUCUCAAAAUGGAUAUACAGGUAAGGAAAGCUAUAUGGUGGUAGACCUUUUGAAAUAUGAAAUUAAAGGCGAAUUCGUAAUAUAUAAAACCACAGAUAAUGAUAGCGAAAGUUCACAGACAAUCUCACCAGCUAUUUCCGAUGUUGCAUCGACACGUUACUCGGAAAUUCUGUCAGCUGAAUUGGUGCGCCGCAUAUCUCCAGGAAUCGAAAGACAUGCAUCCCGUUAUUCACUGGCGCUGGUGGCGGAGAUUCAACGUCGAUCAACACCAAAACUACCUGAGGCACACGUGACUGCACAACCUCAAUUGAGUGAAGAAAAAUUUAUAGAAUAUCCAGAGAAACAGAAAGAUAAAUGUUCAGUAAAAACCAAUGAAACCAGGAAAAUUCGUAGAGACUCUAUAAGUUCUUCAGAUUAUAAUGGUUUUAAUAAAUUCAAAAAAUAUAACAGUUAUCAGAAUAGAAGGGCAGAGAUAGUACAAGAAUACGUGAACUCCACCAAUAAAUAUCAUGAUCAAACCGCGGAAGGCAUGCAAGGUGAGAACGCUGACGAGCUGGAAAUUUUUGAUUCAGAUGAUAACGAUAUGCUACAAUAUAUCUGCAAACAACCUACGGUUCUGAAAGCCCGAAGAAUGAAGAUUGCAUCAUACCCAAAUACUUUCGUUACACGUUUCGAGCAUACUCCUCCAACACCAACCUUACCAUUAGUAAAUGACAAUACGAAUUAA